AAUAUAUCCAUAUGUACUACUCCUAGUUCCAUAUCAUAACUUAACAACUUAGAAAAAACUAAAAACAUAGUAAAUUUUAUUAAGUAUGGGUUGUGCCUCAUCCAAAAGAAUAGAGGUUGCCGUCGACGUCUACCGUCCACCGCCGACGAGCUUCGCCGUCUUUGAUAUCAACUCCGUUGAGGAGCCAUGGCUCAAAGGUGUUAACAACAACAAGCUGGAAGAAGAAGAAUUGGAUCAAGACGAGCUAGAAGAAUAUGAGAAGCCAACAAAAGUAGCACAACCAAUUCUUGAAAAACUAAACUCCUCUAUUGAUGAUGCUCCUAAAUCUUGGGAUGAAGUUAGCAAAGCCUUAGAAGAUUUAAAACCUACUCUACAAAAUCCUCCACCAUCAAAAUCACCUAAAAAAACCCUCCUUGCACUACCCGCGCCGCCUCCGCCGCCAGCGGCGGAAGAAGGUGGUGGUUCCCCAAAAAGAAAAAUUCCAAGAAAGAGUUUUUCCUUUCAUACCCUUGAAGAACUUGAAUCCAAAUUAUCAUCAAAAGAUUCCAAAAAAACCAAUGAAUUCAAGAAAUCAGAGUCCAUGUUUACAAAUGAGGAAAAUAAAAAAUUUCAAAAAUUCAGCAAAAAAAAUGAUUCACAAAUUGUUGUUCAUAAUGGGGAAGUAGCACAUCAAAGGACUCAAUCUGAUGAAGGGUACAAGCCAGUGAAAGAGAAUAUAUUUUUGUUGAGGGACAAAAUGGAAAGGGAAAAAGAAGGGAAAGUUCCAACUUUUAUAAAGUUUAACCCUUUAAGUGACUACCCCGAAAAGUGCCCGCCACGUGGCGAUGACUCAUUGGUCGUCUACACGACAUCGCUAGGUGGCGUGCGUCGCACGUUUGAGGAUUGUAACAAAGUGAGGCUAAUUUUGGAAUCUCACCGGGUGGUUUUCGAUGAGCGUGACGUGGCACUGCAUGGCGAAUUUCGUCAGGAGUUGAAGGAGUUGCUCGGAGAGGAAGAGGAUGCGGGAGUACCGAGAUUGUUCGUGAAGGGGAGGUACAUUGGUGGAGUGGAGGAAGUGGUGAAUCUUAACGAGACGAAGCGACUCGGGAGGAUAUUGAAUUGGGCUAGGGUAGAGAGGGGUGUGGGGAGGUUAGGAUGUGAAGGGUGUGGGGGUGUUAGGUUUGUGCCAUGUUUUGAUUGUGGUGGAAGUUGCAAAGUUGUGAAUGGGGAUGUUAAGGAGAGAUGUCCUGAGUGUAAUGAGAAUGGUUUGAUUCAUUGCCCUAUUUGCAAUUGAAUAAUUGUAUGUAUUCUCGUAUGCAUACUUAAAAAAUUUUAAAUCAGUGAAUACAGAGUAAUGUUAUUAUUUUGUGAAA